CACAGACAGAGAGGACAGGACAGGAGAGGAGUCAAGAUCCAUUAACCCAACAUAAACCAGCUGUACAGAGUAAAAAGCCAUCUCACUCAGUGGAUGUACUACAGUGCAAGAGGAGUGACUGUUUCUGCCUCUGCUUGUCACAUGCACUUACUGUAGUUGGAGGGGAAAGUCAGAUCGAGUGUGGGCAUCCAGUAGCUGAGCGGCUGGUCAAUCCUGGACCAUGAAGCUAAGUGUGGCGUUGUUUUUUGCCGGGCUCUUUGGGGCUUUGGCAGCUGUGUUCAUCCUCCUCUCUUUUGGAACUGAUUACUGGCUGCUGGCCUCAGAGAGCUGCCGCGCAAAUCCUGACGGAUCUGUUGGCCCUGGUGGUGUGACUAUAGAGAGUGGAGAUGUGGUGGUGCAUGAGGACAGUCAUGAUAUUACUCUGUACCACGAGGGGUUUUUCUGGAGAUGUUCCUUUGGAGCCAACAUGGAUGAUAGCAACUUGCUGUGGAAGCUCUGGUUCACAAAUCAGCCACACUCAAAAGUGUGCAUGCACGCCUACCUCUUCCCAUUCCCUAUAUCUCAUCAGACCCACAAUGCCACAGAGUAUGAUUCUGCUAUAAUCUACAGAGGCUUCUGGAGCAUCUUUAUGCUGAUUGGUGUGGCGGCUGUGGUGCUUGGUGGGUUCGUCAUCAUCUGUGCUGCUCCAUUCGCCAGCCACCGCCUCUACAAAGCAGGGGGCGGCCUCCUACUGGCAUCUGGUAUUUUCCUGCUGUGUGUGGUGGUGAUGUACGUACUGUGGGUGCAGGUGUUGGAUGUGGUGGAUGUUUACGUAAACCACCAGCGCUCAGCGGUGUGUGCAGACUUCCAGCUGUCCCUCAGCUACGGUCUGUCCUUCAUGUUUGCCCCCAUUGGCAUCUUCUUCUGCCUUCUGGCAGGCCUUCUUUUCCUCCUCAUCGGCCGAACCAUCCAGAUUCACUACCACUGAUUUUAACCAGCAGCAGGUUAGAGGAACACCGGUGUUUUUUUUCUUUUCUUUUCUUCUUUUUUUUUUAACCAUCAGGUCUUUGAUAUUUUGCAUUAUAAAAGCGAAGUCUAGAUAUUAUGUGCAAGAUUGUGGUUUAAAUGAUCUGACAGGCUUGGACACUUUGAUCCAGGAUAAAAAAAUUGCAGCCAUUGUUGAGCUCAGAAAUGUCAUCAUGAUCACUCCGCCCUGAGCCACGGUCAGCUGAGCUUCAUUACAGCUCUGUGCUCUCUGUAGGUAGAAGAUUAUAUAAGGAUGUCAACAAACCUGCUCACAUACAGUAUAAAUACCUGUGGUAUAUAACAUUGUUGUUUAAACCUUGUGCAGUGUUGAUGGUUAAGGGGCUUAUGAGUGUAUUUUUUUUUUUGUAAAAUUACCAGAAAUUGAAUGUUGAUGAGGAAAACUUUUGUUCAUUGAAGCAUUUUUUUUGUGCAUAAUGAAAAGCUGGUAGCAUGAUCAUUUUUAUAUUCUGUAUAUACAGUCAGUGUUUUUGGAAAGAACACAGGCCCAGCAGCCUUGUCUGUAUUCAGUUUAAAGGAUAAGGCUGAUGAUGUCCUAUACUUUUGCUGUUGUUAACAAAUUCCAUAAAAAGACCAAAACCAACUUUGCCUUAGUCUUUCAAUAUUUUCCAACUUCCCUUCUUUGUCUACAGCAUUCACCUCCAUGUUCAUCCAUUUAGACUGAAAAUGUAAAUCUUUAACAACAGAUCACAAAUACAUGUAUCUACUGAUUAAGUCCCUGAACUCAAACAGGAGUAGAAGAGUACAUUUGUUGGGGACUAUUUUUAGCUGUGGAGUAAAACACAUUUGGUGCUGUGGUGAGUGUUUAUAACAGCAGAACAGCAUAUGUGCAAAAAUCCAGCACGACUACGGGGCUCAUGAUCAUCAUGAUAAAGGAACAUGACACCAAAGGCAACAGCGUGGCUUACCCAUAUGUUUUUGAUAGUUUUAAUAGCGGAGCUCUAAGGCACACAGAGGAAUAAACUGUAUCAGGGUCUGGCUGCACAGACAAUACUUAGAGUUGUCUUCUGAUCGUUUAGUUUUGUCUUUUCAUGAGAAUUUUUUAACCCAAAGAAAAAUAUGGAAUAUCAUCAGACUUAUCCUGCAAUAUCAUCUAAUAUUCACAUUUCACUGAGUGUAUCAUGCUUAAUAUUUUCUGCUUUUUCUGCAGUAUUGUUUAACUAAUUCUGUACAUAUCCUGAAACUGUGCUGUCUUUUGGUCAUAUUGUUCUAGUUUGACCAGUUUAUUGGUUCGGCACUUUUUUUUUUUUUAUUUUUUUUUUAAUGGU